AUGCUUCUUGACACUACUACAUUUCACAAUGUUAUCAACGGCCAGUUGACAUCCACGGCCACUACCCGCCACUCCCUGAACCCAGCUACCAAGAAAGAGAACCCGGCCGUCCCGGUCAGCACGGCCAAAGACGUCGACGACGCUGUCUCUGUCGCAAAGACUGCCUUCAAGUCAUGGUCGCGCACCAGCUACGAGGAACGCCGCAGGGCGUGCCUCGCCUACGCCGACACCCUUGAAGCCAACAAGGAGGCUCUGGCGGCACUCCUCACCCAGGAGCAAGGGAAACCGCUCGACCAGGCCGCCGUCGAGGUCGGCAUGGCCGUCACCUGGACCCGGCAGUUGCCCACGAUUGAGAUCCCCGAGAACGUCAUCCAGGAUAAGGAGGAGUGCCGGAUCGUCCAGCGGUACACGCCGCUCGGCGUGGCGGCCGCUAUUGUGCCCUGGAACUUCCCCGUCCUGCUGGCAGUGGGCAAGAUAAUCCCCGCUGUUUACACGGGAAAUACAGUGAUUGUAAAACCGUCUCCCUACACGCCGUACUGCGCCCUCAAACUCGCCGAGCUGGCGAUCUCGCACUUUCCGCCCGGCGUCAUCCAGGCGCUCAGUGGGGGAGACGAUCUUGGGCCCAUGAUCACCGAGCACCCUGGGAUCGACAAGAUCUCGUUCACAGGCUCGACGGCUACUGGUAAGAAGGUCAUGGCCAGCGCGUCGAAGACGAUCAAGCGCGUCACUCUCGAGCUGGGCGGCAACGACGCCGCGAUUGUCUGCGACGACGUCGAUAUCGACAAGGUCGUUCCUAACCUCGCUAUCCUCUCCUUCCUGACCUCCUCGCAGAUCUGCAUGAUGAUCAAACGUCUCUACGUGCACGAAAAGAUCUACGACAAGUUCCUGCAAAAAUUUGUCGCGUUUGUCUCCAACUUCAAGGUCGGCGCCGGCACGCAGGAAGGCGUCUUCAUCGGCCCUGUGCAGAACGAGAUGCAGUAUAAGAAGGCCAAGGACCUCUUCUCCAGCAUCGAGUCCGAGAAGCUCUGCGCUGUCUUGGGCGGCACAAUCACCGCGUCUGACGGCUACUACAUCGCGCCAACGAUCAUCGACAACCCGCCCGAGAGCUCGCGCGUCGUGCAGGAGGAACCGUUUGCGCCUAUUCUGCCGGUGCUCAAGUGGUCCGACGAGGACGACGUGAUUGCGCGUGCCAACGGAACCGACAGCGCUCUGGCAGCGAGCGUCUGGAGUGUGGAUAUGGAGCGGGCGCAGCGUAUUGCGGGGCAGCUGGCCGGAGGGUCAGUGUGGAUCAACUCGCACUUCGAGGUCAGUCCAUUUGCCCCGUUUGGGGGGCACAAGAGCUCGGGCAUUGGCGUGGAGUGGGGGCUGUCGGGGUUGUUGGGGUACUGCAAUUCGCAGACGAUAUGGAUGAAGAAGGCGUAG